AUGGACUACUUCGGCGAGGAUGACCCCAAUCAUAGCCCUCAUCUCGGGGAGAUUGCCUAUCCUGACAUUGAUGAAACUGUCCAAUACCCAUGGCAAGGGAGUGGGCAAUCCUUCUCGCACGAGGCUUCAGCCAUAGACCCGCGUCUGUACAAAGACUUAUUCUCAGGGGGCGAGUCUCAGGAGCCUACACAGUCCGCAGCUGAUGAGGAGCAAUUUGCACCUGAAGAGGAACAGUCUCUAGAGCUGGAUAACUCUGACGAAUCAUCCAGUUUUGUAGCAUCGUCUGAAGAGGAAACAUCGGAGGAUCUUUCGGAUGAUGAUGCCCCAGGCUCAGACCAGGAAGAUGGACUCCGUCGACGCCGUCGACGCAGAGGUCGCUUCUCCGGUCGAUUUGGCGCCCGCGGGGGUAAAGGAAUCAAGAGAGGUCCCCGCAAACCGGUAGAGCCCAGUCCGGAGUUCAAGCUUUUGCACUCGGAGGCAACAUCUGCUUUCAUCGAUGGGGACUAUGACCGCGCAAUCGACCUUGUUAGGCGUGCCAUUCAGGUCAACCCUGAGAUGUUUGCAGCUCACUCCUUGCUCUCAGAGAUUUUCCUAGCCCAAGGCGAGAAAGAAAAGGCCGUGACAGCACUGUUCAGCGGCGCUCACACUCGGCCAAGAGAUACAACAGUGUGGUUGAAGGUGGCUAGGAUGAUAACGGAACAGGCAGGCGACGAUAGACAGGCUGUACUGAACGACGUCCUCUACUGCUAUAGUCGCGUGCUUGAAAUUGAUCCCCAAAACCACAACACCCGCUUCCAGAGGGCUGCCCUCUAUCGGGGCUUGGGUCACAAUGGACGAGCAGUAACCGAGUAUGAGAGAAUCCUUAGGGAUCUUCCUCACAACGUUCGAGCGCUCCGGCUCCUUACAGAUACCCUUUCCGAGCAAAAUCAAUAUCAAAAAGCGCUUGACUAUUGGUCAGAGAGCAUACAGCACUAUAUGGCACAGGAGCCUGAGGAGACCCCAGAGUUCACGUGGUCUGACGCUAAUAUUUACAUCGAGCUGUAUACGUACUUGGGACGGCAUGCUGAAGGGCUCAAAGCUGCGAAAGCGGUGUCGCGAUGGUUAUUGGGGCGCAAAGACGACACUAUGUGGGAUGACUUUGACGAGGAUGAUCGUGAAUGGGACCACGCCGACUUCCCUCGAAGGAUUAAAGCAGAUGGUUAUAUUCCGAAACAGUGGCCGCCGGACUCGUAUGGCCCAGGUUUACCCCUUGAAUUUCGCAUAAAACUCGGUCUCUUCCGUUUGAAGCUACCGGAGCGGCACAUCAAUGAAGCUCUUCAUCACUUCAGAUGGCUUAAACCAGAGGAUACCUCAGACGGGUCUCUAGUUUACGAUUACGGUGACCUCUUUCGAGAAGCCGCCGACGCGCUCAAAGACGCCGAGAUGUUCGAGGACGCCCUUCGAUUCUAUAGGCCCAUUCAGAAAACCGAGUACGCGGAUGUCAGCUUCUUCAUGGCCAUGGGAGAUUGCUUCAAGUCCCUGGGCGAACUGGAAGACGCAGAAAAUUGUUAUUUGACUGUUGCAGAACAUGACACAAGCAAUAUUGAAUCUCGAGUGCAACUUGCCAAGUUAUACGAAAGCAUAGGAAUGACCGAGCAGGCGCUCAGAUAUGUCAACGAUGCCGUUCUACUAGGACGGCAGGAGCAUAGAAGUAAUCGCCGACGGAAGGAUACCCGGCUCGAAGAGCUCGCAAGGGAGUUCAAGUCGGUGAAUGUGGCCGCAGGGCCUAAAGACCAGUCCGUUGAAUCCUCAUCAGCCCUUGGUAACAAGGGUGAGGCAGAAAGGACCGAAAAUAUACAGUUCCUUUUCAAGAAGCUGACGCAAUUGGAACCGAAACUCCAAGCUGGAGACUCUGAGGCCACGGAGGACUGGCUAGACAUUGCUGACGCUCUUCUGCGUGAAUUUCGUUCCAACAGAAUCUUUUACCCGCUUCAACGCAAUGUGGUAUUCCUUGGAUAUAGUAGCAAGGCGGGCAAGGAUGCGCUUAUGGAUGAAUUACAAGAAAUGGCGAAUCGGCUUCAGGAGUCACUAGGUGCGUCUACAAUCCCUACAGACUACCAUGGCAUCAGUUUCGACGAAUGGCUUGACCUAUUCCUGCAGUACGCCCUAACGGUGGCAGGUCAAGGUGAAUUCAGCGAAGCGUAUGAUACUCUAGGAGCCGCUGCGGACGCGAGUGUCUGGUACCACUCUAGAGACAGCUCAAGAUUGAUUCAUGUGUGCUGGUUCACUUGUGCACUCCGACUCCAAGACGAAGAAACUCUCGCCAACGAAGCUCGCUGGUUUAUUAAAGAGUACCAAUUUGUGACAGACACAUACCGCCUGUUUGCCAUGCUUAGCUGUCUCAGCGGCGACCCUCACCGAUCGCUUUUCCACUCAUCCCCCUUGAUGAAGUUCAUGCUCCGCCAGAUUAAAGCCAUAGACUUUACCCUCCCCGACCACAUCGCCGGCGCCCGUCACACCAAAGCCAUCCGAGAAUCAAUCUACAAGGAACGAGCAGCACUAUCAACAAAAGACGAGAAGGGAGAGCCUAUCCCAGCAGAGGAAAUGGACGUAGCCCUACUUGUCCUCUACGGCCACAUCCUCUACUCAGGAAACAGCUUCUACCCAGCCCUCAACUACUUCUUCCGCGCGUACGCACUGGACGACAAGAAUCCGGCCGUCCUUCUUUCAAUAGGCCUCUGCUACAUCCACCACUCCAUGAAACGCCAGUCCGAGAACAGGCACUUCCAAAUCAUGCAAGGACUCUCCUUCAUGAACGAGUACAAACGCCUCCGCGAACGCAAGGGAACACCCCUUGUCGAGAGGCAAGAGAUGGAAUUCAACUUCGCCCGUGUUUGGCAUACCCUCGGACUCGCGCAUCUCGCAGUGGAAGGAUACCAGCGCGUCCUCGACCUCGGCAAAGAAAUACAAGCACAAUUCCAAACAAAACAGUUGCUUACUCCUGCUCACGCAGCCAAUGGAGCGCAAGCAGACGAUAACGAUGCAGACAUCUCAAUGCCCGACGUCGACUCCAAUGUCAAUAUAGACGUCAAUGUUGAUCGGGCCACCCACAGCGUAGAGGUGAAACCGCAAUCGCCACAGCCUGUCAUAGAAAACUUCUCCCGCGAAGCAGCAGUUGCCCUGCAACAACUGUACGCUCUCAAUGGCGACUUCCAGUCCGCACAGGCGGUCACGGCGGCUUGGCUUGUGAUCUGA